AUGGAGGACAGCAAGAUCCAGAUUAUGCGCCAGGUGCAGCAGGAAGCCGCCAUGCAGAACGCGCGCAUGCUGGUCGAGAAACUGAACGAGCACUGCUUCGAACGCUGCGUGCCCAAGCCUGGAACCUCGCUGUCCAGCGGCGAGGAGGGCUGCUUCAAGAGCUGCAUGGAGAAGUACAUGAGCGCCUGGAACACCGUCAGCAAGCAGUACGUUGCGCGGAUACAGAAGGAGAGUGCCGCCGGAGGACUGAGCAUGUGA